AUGGGAUCGUUGACACCUCACAAACCAUUCUUCGGCAAUUCGCGUAUUGUGGAUGACUUUGAGAAACUUAACAAAGUGGGCGAAGGCACAUAUGGCGUUGUCUAUCGUGCGCGGGACAAAAAGACGGAAGAGGUUGUGGCGCUCAAGAGGAUCAGGAUGGAACGUGAAAACGAUGGAUUGCCAAUAUCGUCCUUACGGGAAAUCAAGCUGCUCAAGACUUUGCGACACGACAACAUUGUCCUGGUGAAGGAUGUAGUUGUUGGGAGCGAUUUGGACCAGAUCUUUCUCGUCAUGGAGUACUGCGAACAGGACAUGGCGGCGCUCAUGGAUAAUUUCAAGAAGCCCUACACUCCAGCGGAAGUCAAGUGCCUGAUGUACCAGCUUUUGAAGGGCAUGGAGUAUUGCCACGAUCAUUACGUUGUUCACCGGGACCUGAAGCUAUCGAACUUGCUGCUGAACGCGAAUGGGAUUCUCAAAAUCGCUGACUUUGGACUUGCACGCUCGUUUGGACUACCAUCGCGACCCAUGACACCGAAAGUCGUGACACUAUGGUACAGGGCGCCCGAGCUGCUUUUUGGAGAUUUAAAUUAUACGACGGCGGUGGAUAUGUGGUCUGCAGGAUGUAUAUUCGGUGAACUAUUACAGCACGCGCCAUUAUUGCCAGGAAAAGUGGAGAAACAGCAGGUGGAUCUUAUUAUUGAACUGCUCGGGACACCGCACGAAAAGAUUUGGCAGGGAUUUAACAGGUUGCCAAUGUCCAGCAUCAAACUGCCAGAGCAAAGAUUUAACAACCUGAGGAACAAGUUCCCGAACAUCACGGAUGCGGCAAGGUCUCUUCUCAGCGGAUUGCUGACAUACGACCCUAAGAAGCGCCUUUCAGUGAAGCAAGCAUUAGCACACCCUUAUUUUAUUGAGUCCCCGCCAGCCAAGCACCCAUCAUUGCUGCCGACACAUCCAGAGAUUAGGAAUAUCUCAGUCACAAGGUAA